UUAGGAACCUAAAAAGCAAAGAAUUAUAGGCUUCACCUUUCUUCAACUGGCACUGAGAGAACCUUAGAGGGAGGCAAUCUAUCUCUUUUUCUUCUUCUUGUUUAUUGCUUGCUUUGUAAACCAAAAUGAUAGGUCAAAGAAACCCAGAAAAAAACUUUCCCUGUUGAUUCCUCCACGGCCUUUAUUUAUCUUGUUUAGGGUUUCCAGUUCCACUUUCCAGUGUUUUUUUUCCUUUUGGGGUCAAAGAAGCAGGCACCGACCCUCAAAGAUCAAGUAUUUAGUGUGAUGAACAAGGAAAUCAUAAUGAACUUUAUGCAAGAGGAAAAAGGGUAUCGUAAUAAUGCAGAUCAAGAGGAUGACGAUGGGGAGGAAGUACUGGUGAGAGAAAUUUCAUGCAACUUCCCGUUUUCCCCUUCUUCUUCUUCUUCAGUUUCUUCCAAGUACAAGGAGUCUGUUCACUUGUCGCUUGGAACCUUGGAUUCUCGAGAAGAUUACAAAACCCAAGAGUUUGGUUUCAGUUCCGACAAGAAACAAGAGCUGAUGGAUUUGUCACUCGGAAACAACAACAAAAACAACGAAGAAUCAAACAUCAUCGGAAGCUGUAGAGGUUGUGAUGGUGAUGAUGGCAGUAGGUUUAUUGAGAAAGAACACAUGUUUGAUAAAGUUGUCACACCGAGUGAUGUAGGCAAGCUCAAUCGCCUCGUUAUACCGAAGCAACAUGCCGAGAAGUACUUCCCUCUCGACUCGUCCUCGAUCGAGAAAGGACUGUUGUUGAAUUUCGAAGAUCGGAACGGCAAGUUGUGGCGGUUCCGGUACUCGUAUUGGAAUAGUAGCCAGAGUUAUGUGAUGACCAAAGGUUGGAGCCGUUUUGUAAAGGAGAAAAAGCUUGUUGCGGGUGAUACAGUGUCGUUUCAACGAGGUGCCGGGGAGUCGGUGAAAGACCGGUUAUAUAUCGAUUGGAGGUCCCGGCCUAAUGUGCUCGAUCCGGCACAGUUCGCACAUAUUCAGCUACAAAAUCAGAUCAACUUCCCUCAGCCGGUCCGGUGGGGUAGAUUCUAUUCGCUGCCUCAACCGAUUUGCAUGUCGCGGAACUACGCACCUUUGCACCGGUUGAAUUACAGCAUUUAUCCUUACAUUCAUCACCAUCAACACCACCAACAGCAGAAUACUUACUGCAAUGUGUCGGACUAUUAUCUGACGUCAUCAUCAUCACAUCAAGUUGGGGCAUUGCAAGGGGGAGGAAGAGGGGAGCCAAUGCCAAUGGUGAUUGAUUCAGUCCCACUAGUUCAAGGAAACAAAACCGCGGCUAAAAGGCUAAGGUUGUUUGGUGUGAACAUGGACUGUCCUAAUCCGACACAAGAUGAAUCUUCAUCCUCUUCUGUCCAACCAAGACUGCCCAAUAACAAUGUCUCACUGUCCGCUAUGCAAGCUGAAUAUUCAAGGAAAGGGAAAUCUUCCAUGUCCAUUGAUUUGGAGCUCUGAUCAAUGAAGCGAAAAUUCUCAGCUGUGGACAAAAUCCUGACAGGCACUGGAUUUAGGGAAGAGGGUCUAAAGAUAAGGCUUUUAUCAAUCUGAGCUUUCUUUUACUUUUCAUUUAUUUAUUGUUUCAGUACCAUAGUUAGUUAAGGUUUGGGAUCUGUGUAAAAGCUAAACAUGAAAGAAGCUGCAACAUAUGAACUUGAAAA